AUGGUCAUGCUAGGUGCUGCCGCUAGAGCCGCUGAGCUCAGAGCUGCCCAGAAGGCGCAGGCCAGGCAAGCCAGUCGCGAAGCCGAAGAACAGAGACUUCCUCCACCUGCCGCUCCAGUCUCUCUUGACGCCUUCUCGAGACCUGUUGCGAGCCGAAAUAAGGGCACGAAAGCCUACAUCCCUCUGGUCCUCGGAAGAACCCCGGAAGCUGACCAUAGCGUCGCUGCAGGCGAUCCAACAGAGACUCCUACCAAGAAGGCGCCCACUCCGUCCUCGAACCCCAGCAGCUCGCGGCUUGGCUCCAGCAAUGCUGCGCCGACGACGCGUUUCUCGCAGGCCGGUACCGACCCUCCGACUGCCCCGCGGGCUAUGGUAACAAGAGAACCCUUGCAGCCGCAGCCGCAGCCACCCGCUCCUGCUUUUCCACCGCCAAGGCCCCAGACGAUGCCCGCCGCCUUUCACACAACCCCACCUCACCCUCAUCUUGCCUACCAGCAGAGUCAUAUGUUCGCUGGCCAGUACCAUUACCACACUCCACCCUCCCAUCAUAUGCUGCCGCCUCCUUCGAACUAUCUUUGGCCACAGCAAAUUCCAAUUCAUGAUCCCGGCUUUCAAUUCCACCAGCCUCCAUCCGCUAAUCACCUCUACCCCCAUCAGCAGCUUCAUGCUUUCGAUCAUUCCAGGAUUCAUCAAGUGGAUCAAUUCGCCCCAUCUGCAGAUAAUCAUCAACCUCGCCGUCCAAUCGAGAUCAGAGAACCUCCCCAAGAGCAUCCUCAGCCACUCCCACAAGACUACCCGUGCCUCAAGACUCCAGAGACCAAGGUACGACGCUUCGUCUUCGGUCCAGACGACCUUUCGCCUACAAAGCAAGAGCUGAAAAUGUCGGUCAGAGGAACAACGCCGGCGCUGAGUUCCGCAACGCAUCAACGCCAGCGAGAACCUAUUCGCAUGCGCGAUCCUCUUGUACCGAGGACCGAAGCUACACCAACUGAACAGGAGAACAGACCUCUGGAUAUGCCCGCAUAUACACAUCCGGGCUGGCUGGCUAAACAAUCCGAGUCAGAGGAUUCGUUUUCUAUUACCAGUUCUGUCGAGAUGCAAUUCGCAAAUCCGCUUCGACAGUACGCUGACAUCAGCUCGACCUCGGAGGAGCCAGUCACCGCAGUUCCUUGGAUGAGGCCAGGAAACAUUCCCGAAGCCAUUCUGGCUACCCAAGAUGAUGGUCACUACGAUCGGGCUACUAAGAUGCAGAAGUUCGUUGCUGUGCAACAAAGCCUGAGCAAACAGGGAAAAACAGUUCUUAACAAUCCUGAGCGUAACAAUACCGCCAGUCUCAUCUCCCAGGUACCUAGCGUCAUGAUGGACAGCAUCAGUGGUCCGGGACCUGCUGUCCUCGAAGAACAGGCGAGAUACCUUCCUCCGGUGAACCAACGUCCUGAGCGCAUCCCAAUCCAGGCGCCUCCAGGACUCAAGAUGCCGGAUCGCCCAUUCGUCUCUUUGCUCUUGGACGAGAAGGCAAUGCUCGAGUCGAGGGCCAAAGCCGACGAUGCACUGCGGAAAGACUUCGGCGUCGGUACUGAUGCUUGGUUCGAUCUGAAGCCACCCACCCUGUCCGAUCGUAAGAGAAUGCAGUCUGCCAUGAAGUCCGUUCGUCUCAAGGAGGCGAACAGAGCACCACCAACUGUGCAUGAACAGCAUCGCUGGUACACCGAGGAUAACGCCAAGAAGCUCAUGGACGAGGACCCCCGGCCUUUCUUGCGUGCUCGCGAGCAUAUUGACUACAUGGCUCGAGACCAUUCUACUAGACUUCAUGCGACCGUUGGAGAGCCUCAACCCCCCAACAGCGAUGUCGACAUGCACGCUGGGAUGAUCAGAGGUGCUGGUCAUAUUCUGAUAAAUCUCACCGAGAAUCUGAUCAAUGAUAAGAAGCAGGACUACUUUUAUCGUACCAAGAAAGCACCAGACUAUGCGGUCGACCGGACUGCUCUAGUUUCUGGGGCUGAAAAUAUCAGUUUAUUCGAGGACAAACCCAGCGAGAAAUACAACCCUCCUAACCGCCUUGCGCGCGAUCCGAGGUACUCCAACACCGGCGGCGAGUCUCCCAGGGAGGAAAAGAGUGGUGGAAAUGGUUUGCACAAGACCAAGUACGGUUGGGGUCAUUGA